AUGGAAAACCAUUUAGUUUUAGUCUACUAUUUUAAUUUCUUAAUUGUAUUAAUGAUAAUUAUUUCCUUCUAUGAAAUUAGUCCAUACUACAAAACAAAGAAGUUUCAACUUAAAUUUAUGCACGCGAAAACACAAUUAAUAAGAAAUUUAACGGAUUUUUGUGAUGUUAAAGAUGAAGAUAUCUUAAAUGAUCAAGGUAUCUCAAUAAAGGAUUUACAAUUGUUGUAUAACAUCCAUGUAAAUAAGAGUGAAAAUACAUCGACUGAAGUUUGUUUUCAAGAUUCAAGAACUUUAUUUGUAAAAUUAAUAGAUAUAAUAUUUUUAACAAAUUACAAUGAAUACAUAAAAGAAGAAAAAACGUAUGUUAAUUCUAUACUUAACACGUUGGAAAUCAUCAACUAUGAAUUUUUAAAUUUUUUCCAGAGUUCGAUUAAUGAUGCAAAAAAUAAUAUAGAUAAAAUAUUUGAAGGUCUUGACAUAUAUGAUAAAUAUGAAUUAAAUAAAUUUUUGAAUGUAACCUUCACUUUGCGUAUUCGUGAGAAUAGCACGUUUGUAUUAAUUAAUGGGGAAGAUUUACAAAAAUAUUUAGAACAGUCUAAAUUGAAUGGGAACCUUCCUUUAAAAUUAAAAAAUUCCUUUCGUUAUUUUAGUGAAUUAAAUGAAAAAAAUAAUACGUAUUUAUCUGAAAUUACUGAAAAAGUUUUGACUAGCAAUACAUACCUUAGUAAAUAUUUUGGAAUAAAUGAAAGUAGGUUCCCAUUGAAAUAUUUUUAUGGAAAAAAUAUUUCUGUGGAUACUCAAUUACAAGUAAUUAGAAUGAAGAAUCUUUUAAAGGAAUUUGUUACUUCGAUGUUUUGUGAUAGAGAAAGAAAAGGGAUUAGUACAACUUCAUAUCUUGAAUUAAAUGUUGGAUAUUUAAAAUCCUUAAUCGAUGAUGAACGCAAAGCGUUAGAUACCGUUAUAGAAGAAAAAACUCAUGCAUUAUUUAUAAAAUUAAAUAAGAUAUUAUGUGGUGAUAUAAAAUGUAUGAUAGCUUUUAUUGCAUACGUACUUGAAAUAGUUAGAACUGAAAAUAAAUUUAAAUUGGAUGAUAUUGAAAAAAAUUACGGAGAAGAACUAUAUAAGAAUAAAAUUUUACACGAUAUAUAUACUUUAUUAUUACAUGAGAGAGAUUACAUAAAAAAAUCCUUACUUGAAUUUAAAAUAUAUAUUGAGGCUAUUUUUGGUUUUGAUGUCAACAGUUGGGGUAUUAGAUCGUUAGUAAAGAAGCUUUAUGGAUUAAUUGAUAAAAAAGAAAUUAUGAAAUUAUUUAAUGUUAUUGUAUAUUCAUUAUUAUGUAAGAAACAAAUAGAUGAAUAUGAGAAUUUUAUAAAAUUACUUAAAAAUGAAUCGGGAGGAAGUAUAUUUCAUAGAAGAGCAUUUAUAAAUUUUUUUAAAAAAUCAGAAGAUUUUGUAUUUAUUCCAGAAAAUAAAUCUAUUAAUGUAAUGUUCAAAUUUAUGGAAAUUUAUGAUCAAAACAAUUUUUUAUAUAAACUUAAUUUCAUCUUUGAAGAUAUAUCCAAUAUAUUAAAAAAAUUUAAAAAUAGUACAGAUAGGUUUAAGGUCUUUAAUAAAUUAAUAUAUUUGUUAAAUGAAGAAUUGAUUAUGUCCAAAGAUCUUUACUUUAGUUCUAAUCAAAAAGUAAUACUAAGAAAAAAUGAGAUUUUACUUUUUUUAUGUGCAAUUAAAAACUUCCAAGAAAAUAAUAUCAUAUGUGGAACAUAA